GGUGCUUUGACCAUUCUGCGAGCCCGGGAAGUCCACUAAAUUGACAGUCGCGUCACACUGCAAGUCGCGUCUUGCGGCUGAUAUCAAUUAAAUCCAUCCUUUUGACUACGCAUACGGAAUGGACUUUCGUGGAUGCUCGCUGUAGCAGCAUAACUGCCUUGGGGCUCGCCGAUCAUAUUGACUGUUCUUGUAUACACCCAACAUUUCCCUUCCUCAUGCACGGCAAAGCGACCUUGGCUUCACCAACCUAGGGCACCAUCUAUCCUGCGCGACUCCAGCUUCAGCACGCCAGCGCCAUGCCGUCUGCUACCGCGAAGCGCUCGCGGCGCAUCGCCUUCGAGGGGGAAGAGCAUGAUGGUCUCGUUGUUGCUGAGGCUAGCUCGAGUUUUCGUAAUGAUGCUCAGAGAAAGAAGGCGCGCGUGUCGGGAGCCCAUCAGCGAAAGGACUCGUCAAUAUCUCGUCGCCCGCGAUCGCAAGAUUCCUCGGAAGACGAAGAUGAGGCCACCCAAGCACCAACCCCGGCCGCCGACUUGCCAGCCGCUUCCCAAUUCGAACUGGACCGCGAUAUGAACUUUGAGCAUCUACAGCACAUCGAAGAAGACGACCAGAGAGCCACCCAACGCCUCAAAAGCCGCCCCGAAUUGAUUGGCGAAAAUCACGCCGCUCUGAACGCCGUCCUUGAGAGCAUCACAGUAUACAACUUCAUGUGCCACGAGAGGUUACAUGUCGAACUGGGACCCCUGCUCAACUUCAUAGUUGGUGAGAACGGCAGUGGCAAGAGCGCUAUCCUCACUGCCAUCACCCUCUGCCUCGGAGGCAAGGCUAGCUCAACCAACCGUGGCGCCAGCUUGAAGUCUUUCAUCAAGGAAGGCAAGGACCAUGGCCAGCUCGUUGUCAAGAUCAAGAACCAGGGCACCGACGCUUACAAGCACGACCUUUUCGGCGACUCCAUCAUUGUCGAGCGUAACUUCAACAAAAGUGGCAGCAGUGGUUUCAAGCUCAAGUCUACAGCCAACAGGAUCAUUUCUACCAAGCGAGACGACGUCCAAGAUGUUGUCGAUUACUACUGUCUCCAGGUCGACAACCCUCUCAACGUCUUGUCGCAAGAUAACGCAAGGCAGUUCCUGAACUCCGCCACCCCCGCCCAGAAGUACAACUACUUUCUUCAAGGUACCCAGCUCCAACAGCUCAGCGAUGACCUGCAACUCAUCCACGAGCAUAUCGACGCUACCGAGGCCAAGCUUGCCGGUUUCGAGGACAACUUCAGCGCUAUCAAGGCUGACAUGGACAAGUACAGAAAGCUCAAAGAGAUCGCUGGGAAGAACGAUGAGCUUCGCAGGAAGGCAAAAAACCACAGACGGCAGCUCGCAUGGGCACAAGUACAAGAGCAAGAAAUCAUUUUCCAGGAAAUGGAGAACAGUAUCGCUAGCUUCGAAGACCAAAAAUCCGAGGCUCAACGAAAAAUUGAGGAACUGGAGGCUAGGUUGCAACAGCAGGAUGGGCUCAUUGCUUCCGCCAAGGGCGAACUGGAGGAGCUGCGUCAAGAAGAGUCCCAGCUGCAGCAGAAGACAGAGGAGGCAAAAGAUAAAUAUGAUGAGGCAAAAGCUGCAGUCUCGAAGAUUCACUUGGCAGAACGCGAGAUUCACGGGCAACUGACUAAUGCCAACCAAGACGCCAAGAACUUCGCGAAAAAAGUCAGCGAGGAAGAAGCACGGCUCGAGAAGGCCCAGGGAGGAGCUCGUGCUGAGAAGAAACAAGCCUUGGAACAGGCAGAAGAAGCCGUGAAUGCGGCAGAAAGAGCCCGGGAGGAGCACAGCGCUCACUUCCCAAAGCUGGAGGAAGAGUUCAAACAAGCCGAGCGGCGCUGCCAAGAAACCGUCAGGCCUCUAGAAGACAAGAAAAGGGAGAUCAUGGCGACCGAGUCUCGCAUAAGCGCCCUGGCACAAAGCCGAUCAGACCCGCUCGCCGGCUUCCACCCCCAGACUCGCCAACUCCUGAAAAUCAUCGAACAGGACACCAGUUUCUCGGAGAAGCCGAUUGGGCCUUUGGGGUUGCACAUCCAACUACAGGAGCCUGCAUGGUCGUCCGUUAUAGAGUCCAUGCUCGGCAGAAACCUGGAUGCCUUCAUCGUUUCAAAUGGAAGAGACCGGGAACGUUUGGCCGGCCAUUUUGCACGGCUUCGAUACAGAGAAGAGCCCACUAUCUUCAUCAGUAACCCCGGCAAGAUGAUCCGGAACUUGAACGAGCCCGAUGAACAGUUUCACACCAUUCUUAGGGUUCUCAGAUUCGACAAUGAUCGGGUCAGAAACCAGCUGGUCAUGACCAAUCAGAUAGAAAAAAUUCUGCUUAUUGACAACCUGGAUGAUGCAUUUAGGGUCAUGGAAGGUGACGCUCCUCGAAAUGCCAAUUUGAGUGUAUCUCAUCAUCCCAGCAAAAGAGGUCAUGGUGCAUCACUGAAACCUGGUCGGGGCCAAAAUCUAAACCAGGAGCCUAUCAAUGCAUCAGAUAAGAGACGUAUGCAAUCCGACUCAGAAGACCAAGCCAACCAUCAAAAACAACUGCUUGCGGAUCUGAAGUCGGACUUGAAAGAACUUGAGUUAUCUAGAAGGACUUGCCAACAAGCGGCGCAAAGAUGCAGUCAGGCUGUUACUCAACACAAACGUGACGAUGGACACCUCAAAAAGGCGAUACGUGAAGCUCAAGUCCACCAGCGUGAGGCUGAGGAGGCCUAUGAUGCUUACGAUGGAGAUGAUUCGCGAUUGCGAGGGCUUCGCCAACAACUAAAAGACGCCCAGGAGCAAAUGGAACAAUAUGGCGUGCAAUAUGGCGAGCUUGCUGUCGAGAAGGAGGAAAAAGGCAAGGCUGUGCUGGCCGCCAAAGCCGUUCGCGAGGAAGCUCGUUCGAAUCAUAGUAACUUCAACGAUCGCAUACAGAAAGCCAUCAACAAAAUCAGCCGACUAGAUGCUUUACGGCGCACCACGGUUCAGGAGAACAAUGAUGCCCACGAGACAGUCGACACGGCAGAAAUGGGCCGGGAACAUGCUGUGGAAAAACGCGACAAGCAACAGGAGCGGGUGGAUGCGUAUAUUCAAGGCGCCACGCAAGUUCACCCGGAUCGUGUGCGGAUCCCGGAAGGGGAGACUUAUCAGAGCAUUGAGCAAAAAUUCGAGGCUAUCAGAAGUCAGCUCGAAAAGUUCAAAGAUCGUCACGGUAUGGACGAGCAGCAAAUCAACGAGAAGGCAGCGCAAACUUUCGAGGCCUAUGACAAGGCAAGGAAGUACCAGCGUGACUGCGAGCUAGAUGUCAUGGAAAGCAAGAAGGCCCUGACCAACAGAUUGGACAAGUGGAGAAUAUUCCAGCGCAUGAUCUCAGCAGCCGCACGGACGAACUUUGCCUAUUUGCUCAGCGAAAGAGCAUUCCGAGGCAGGCUUCUACUGGACCACAAGGCCAAGAAGCUUGCCAUUGAAGUCGAGCCUGAUCAGACUAGAGAAGAUGUUUCUGGCCGUAACACCAAGACAUUAUCUGGUGGUGAGAAGUCCUUCUCGAGCAUUUGCUUGUUGUUAGCUAUCUGGGAUGCCAUGGGAUCACCACUCCGAUGUUUGGAUGAGUUCGACGUUUUCAUGGACGUCAUAAAUCGUGGCAUCAGCACAAAGAUGAUUGUUCAAGCCGCACGACGAUCCGUUAGUAAACAAUUCAUCCUCAUCACACCCAACGCCAUCGAAGGCAAUGUCAGAUUCGAUAAAGAUGUUACGAUUAUUAGACUCUCAGAUCCUCGUCAGAAGCAGAUAACGAAUUUCAUGCAGGAGAGUGACUAGUGCUCCGGUAUGUCUAGAUUU